AAGCCACUGCAGGCGUGUCAAUCCUUUCGCUGGUCAAUCUGUGUCUGUGUCUACCCGGGUCCGUCUGCCAGUCUUGAGACUGUGUGGUUGGCCCCUCCCGCCCCUCCCGCCCCUCCCGCCCCUCCCGCCCCUCCCGACCCUGCUGCCCCUGCCGCCGCCAUGCCACCAGGGAAGCUGCUGAGGAACGUGGAUGAGCUCUUCCCGCGCUGCCUCAGCCAUCCCCAGACGCCCUGUGCGCUGCGUGAAGGACUGCGGUGCAUCCUAGAUGGGACCCCUGACCCAGUGACCUCUGACCUGGUCGGCUGUGACCCAGGGAUACCCCACCCUGCGAGCCUUGACCCCAUGACUCUCAACCUCUCCAACCACGAUCCCGUUGAUCCCGACUCCACCAGAUGUAACACCGCGACACCCCACCACCGUGAGAUCCCGGACCCUGCGACUUCUGACCCCAGCCACACCCGAUCAAUACCAGACAGGCAGGGGAUGACAGGACCUGGAGCGGAUGCAGUGAGUUAUGAAGAUGUGCAUGUGAACUUCACUGAGGAAGAGUGGAAUUUGCUGGAUCCUUCCCAAAAGAGUCUUUAAAAAGAUCUGAUGCUGGAGACCUUCCGGAACCUCACUGUUAUAGGCUAUCAUUGGGAAGACCAUCAUACUGGAGAACAUUGUCAAAGUUCCAGAAGAUAUGAAAGGCAUGUAAGAAGUCAUACUGGAGAGAAACGAUAUGAAUGUAGUCAAUGUGGUAAAGCGUUUUCAUUUCUCAGUCAUCUCCAAUAUCAUAAAAGAAGACAUACUGGAGAGAAGCCGUAUGAAUGUAAUCAAUGUGGUAAAGCCUUUUCACAGAAGAGUAGUCUCCAAUAUCAUAAAAGAAUACAUACUGGA